CCUUCUGUCGUCACCACCGAGGCUGCAGUAGGUCAUUGUUGGUUUGUGUUUGUGUUGCGCUGAGCAGCAGCUCUCCCACCACUCUGCUGCGUCUCGACCUUAGAACCUUCUGUACUUACCUACUUGCCUUUUCACUUACCUCCGUACUCCUCUCUCACUCUCACUUCCUCACUGUCCAAUACCUCUCACCACCGACUACUGUAAUCGUAAUACCUCGAGCAUAACCUCAUCUCCACCGACAAACCUACAUCACAAUGUCUAACCGUCUGACUACCUGGCUCGGUCUCGGUGCCGCUGGAGCUGUCGGUUACUACUUCUACCAGGCUGGCGGUGACCCAAAGCUCGCUGAGAAGAAGUUCGAAGGUACGCAUCCGUCACACGAUCUCUCGUCACUGCGCAAUCCACUUCUUCCAAACAGCUCCAGAAUUGACCAAUCCCGCCCACCAACAGCCGAUGCCGCCCGCGUCUCAUCCACCGUCAAGGAGCAGAUCCCCGGCCAGGCCAAGCAGCUCCAAAAGGAUGGCGAGCUGACCCUCCAACACGCCAAGUCCUCGCUCAACUCUCUCGGCAAAGACAUCAAGACCGAGGCCAGCAAGGCCGAUGCGAAGAUCAACAAGCUCAGCUCCGAAGCCGCCUCCAAGCUCGACCAGACCAGCCGCGAUGUCCAAGCCGCCGGCAGCAAGGCCGUCAACGAGUUCGACAAGAACGUCAACGAGGGAGCUGCCAAGGCCAAGAGCGGUCUUUCCAGCUGGUUCGGCAGCAAGUAAAUCAUGGAUUCACGAAUUUAACUGAGACGAAUUCGGGAGGAGGCGCCGCGUAUGGGCGGAGCAUGUCGAGAAGGCUGUACUAACUAUAUGAAAGACGCACCUGGAAAUACCAUUCCCAAAUAUCACAAAGCUCUCUCUCUCUCUGCUCAAAAAUGACUAUUGUUUUCCAUGAAGGGAGCCAACGUGC